UUUUAGAAGGGCGAAUCGCUGAAUUGGGCGCCACUCCAUCUGGCACCAGGACCUCCGACACUCCCCAUCUACAACUUGAUCUCAGCGUCAUUCGAGUACAUUCCUUCACUCAGUACUGAGUACUCAAUCAUGAGUCUCUCAUCAUUUUUACUCGGAGGGAAAGCUACGAGCAACCAAAAAGUUAUUGACACGGAAUUAGAUGCCCUUUUUCAUACUCAGGUCCAAGAUGAUGGCAGCACUGCAGCGUCCAAUGACAAGAAGCGUAAACCGGAGGGAGAGCAGAGACAUAGUUUGAAAAAGCACAAGUCCGCACUCAAAGAGUCGCAAAAACACGAUUCCCCUCCAAAACGCGUCAAGCUGCGGGAGAACAAGAAAGAAAAAGUCGACAAGCGGAAAUUAGAAUCUCAAGAAAAAUUAAAGGCGAUCUCAGCCGUGGAGGGCAGCAGCGCUGAACACCGAGGGGCUGAACCUAUCGACAAUUCCGACUCCGAGGAGGAGAGUGGACCAUCUACGCUCGUACACGAGUCGCUGCUCAGUGGUGGUGCAAAGUCCAACCAACGUGCAUCCGCGCGCAAGGUGAAAUUCGCUCCGCCAGAUGAGUCCGAGGAACAACGCAACUUGCGCACGAUCUUCGUGGGUAACCUCCCGUCCGAGGUCGCUCAGAAACGACCUUUGCAGAAAAAACUCCAUAGACACAUUCUAUCGCUCGUGCCUACCGCAAAAAUCGAAUCCACAAGAUUCCGCUCCGUCGCAUUUCAAAACCCUACCAGUAAACUUCCGGAUGAUGGGAAAGAAAAGACCGACCCACGGCAGCACGGCUUAGACCGUGCAUCAUCGUGGCGCAAAGCUAAUCCCACAGCGGACGAACCAAAAAACGACGAGAAGAAGUUUCUUACUCCAAGUCAGAAAAAAAAAGUUGCAUUUAUCAAUCAUGAACUUCACCCCGGCGCCGAUUCAGUUAAUGCAUACGUCGUCUUCGCAUAUCCCCCUCCUCCGAAAGAGCGGCCUUCGAAUUUGCCACCCCUUCUACCAGUCAUGGACCCGCACGAGGCAGCUCGUCUUGCUGUCGAGACGUGCAACGGGACUGUUUUCAUGGACCGUACGAUCCGUGUAGAUUCUUUGGGCAGGCCUGCAGAUAGCGUUGGAAAGCAAAGUGCUCUCUUAGGUACUUUUGCGGGAGAUCCAAAAUCAUCGGUUUUCGUGGGCAACCUUGACUUUGCGAGCAAAGAGGAAGAUCUGCGGAUAUUCUUCGAAAGUCUUAUCACUGCCGAACGCGGGCCACCUAGUCAGGCUUCAGAUGCACCCAAGCAUUGGGUUUCACGCGUCAGAAUUGUGCGGGAUAAGGAGACUCAACUUGGGAAGGGCUUCGCAUAUGUGCAAUUUACGGAUCGCGUUUGCGUGGACGAAACUCUUGCAAUGGAAGAGUCGAAACUCAAAUUUGCAAAGCGCAAACUACGCGUUCAACGCUGCAAAAUACUCCCCAAGGGCUCCGCCACUGACAAAGCUGCCGCUUCAAAGACUGCAACCACUAGUCACAGUGCAGGUGUAGCUCCACCCAUCGACGUGCCAAAGGGCGAUCCCUCUCUGGGUGAAAAAAUUGCGACCCUCUCCAAAGAGGAACGAAAACAGAUCAAAGCAGCGGACGCUGACCGGCUUGCGCGGAGGAUGGCGAAGAAGAAAGCGAGAAUGGCGCUUGCGAAGGAGGGUGUGCCUGUACGUGGCAAGGAGAAGGACGUUGGACGAACGAGGAAGACGGGCGCUGCCAAGAAGGCCGCUAUCGCACCUCGUAAACAGAGCAGGAUCCGGAGUGAGAAGAGUAUGUCAAAACGAAAUAUGAAGAAAUGAUAUCUCUUCCUUUGUUCUUCAAGGGAAGAUUGCCGUGUCUCA